AUGAAGGGGCCGACGCAGAGGCUGUCGCGCGGAAAUGCAUCUGCGCCAGAGGCCGCAGCGCGGAAGCUGCUGCGCCAGUCGCUGCGGCACCCGGCGCAGCCAGGCGACCUCGGCGUCCCCGCGGCAAGCGGCUCAUCAAGCUUGCAGCCGGCGGCCCACCACCAGCCCUGCUUCUCC